CUGAAUUAGAAAGGUGUGUCCAAACUUUUGGUCUAUUAAAACAGCAUCUUUCAUCUUUGACCACAUUAGUUUAAAAGUUGUAAGACUAGUGUUCAACUCACUGGUUAUUUCAGUAACUUUUUUUGGCUAUGGACUUAUUUUUCAAUUUAAACAAGUAUUACAAAUCACAAAUAUCACAAGUCAUAGGAUUAGGUUCUGGUAUAGAACUAAUCCAAAGUCAAGAAAAUUAAAAAUAAAGCUGGAUCCUUAUCAUAUUCUUCAAUAUGUGUUCCUUUGAUGCUUCAGAUGUAUUGACUUCUUAUGUACAAGGCUUCUAGCUUUCAGUAAAAAUGUCCAAAUAGAAAACUGAAAAAUAAACAAAAUGGGUGACCAAAGGCAGACUAGUAAAAUAUGAUUCCAAUAUUUUACAUAGCAAUCGCGGUUAGAAAACAGUUUAGAGCAACACAGUUUAAUCUUCAGAUUGAUAGAGUGAGAUUACCACUUUCACUUACAUUAAAAAGUAGCUGUUCAAUAAAUUAAGAACAAAAAAUUAAUUGAUAAAAAGGCUAGCCAAGUACUAUGAAUAAUGUAGCAUGCUGAAGCCUGCCCAGGAUAAAGGACACCUGGCACCUAAUUACCUCAUAAUGGGUGUGGAGCAUCAAGGGAGAGUCUCUCACCUGUUUUCUUUACGCCUGCAUUUGGUUGCACUUCAGUAGGAAGGUCGCUUGGUUAGCUUGCAGUGACUAAAACUCUAACAUCAUUCAAUAGCACAAAAAUGACAACUAUUCAUGUAUAGAAAGUACUGGCAAGUGGAUCCUCCUGCUGUAGGGCCGGAAGGAGCUCUCUGGUCGGGGUGGAGUCAUCCAGCUCUAGGUAAGUGCUGAGCUCACAUGCAUUACCACAGUCCUGCUUAUCUCAAAGUCUAUGGUAUAGCUGGUGAUUAACCUGACAAGUUGGCCAGAAUGCUUCAUAAGAGAGGAAAUGAAAGGCACAAAAUCUAAAACAUUAUGGCUGUCAUUGACCAGAACGAUUCCAUCACAACUGAAUAUCUUGCAGUCGCCAUGGACUGGCUUUGUAUCUCAACCAAGAUCCUGAAAAGCUAUUGAAGGGGUACAGUGUUUCAGUAUGUGGUACCUGAGAAAGCCGGUGCUGCUCGCCAUCCUGGUAUCUGUGGUGCUGGUACUGGUUCUGCUUUACUCAUGGCCCACUUGUGCCUACAACACGGCAGACCUGUGGCAACGGCUCGGGGCGACAAAGGAAAGGCACCUGGAGGAGAGGCUCCCAGAACCGGACACGCGGCUGAGCAGCGUUCCCUUUCAAAUCAGGAAAAGUGUAUCAGACUUGCUGGAACGUAAUGGGUGCGUUUGUGAGGCUGAGACACCAGUAGAAAACCUGCACUUUGACCAGCUGCUGUUCCCGAAGUUGCCAGCUCAGUCUCUGCACACUGCCUCCAACACCUCUGAGCUGGGGAAAAUGAAGAUGAGACGAGCUAAGGAGUACAAAGCUUUCCAACAGAGACCCAAGACUGCUGCAGACACGCUCAUAAUCACCAAGGCCAAUAAUCCCCUGCAGUAUCCAACACAGGGGGUGGAAGUACGGCCCCUGAAAACAAUCAUCAUCCCAGGCUUGGCCUUACACGACCUUCCCAGAGACCAUUACACAAUAAACAUUACUGCCACACUAGGAACACUAAACGUAGCAGCAGAAGUGGAGGGAGUGAAAAUAAAAGGUGAUGGAGGGAUGCAUAUGAGUCUGUCCAGCAGUUUGCUGCUGAACUUGAACCGACAGCUGCAGUUUGUCACCUACACAAACACAAAAUAUCAUCCCAACACUGCAGACACAGUGGAGCUUGAGACAGAAGGUCAUCAAGCUGCCUUCAGCAUCAAGAUCCGUCAUGGAGUAACUCCAAAACUUUACGACACUGGACCUCAGGAAGAGUACAACGUCAGCAAGUUUGUUACCAUAGCAACAAAGACCUUCCUGCGUUAUGAAAAGCUUCAAAAGCUUAUUGACAGUAUCAGAAAAUACUAUCCCACAGUCACGAUAAUAAUUGCUGAUGACAGUGAGAACCCAAAAACCAUUUCUGGGCCUUACAUCGAGCAGUACAUCAUGCCUUUUGGGAAGGGUUGGUUUGCUGGACGAAACCUGGCUGUUUCCCAGGUCACGACCAAAUAUGUGCUUUGGGUGGACGAUGACUUUCUCUUCACGGCCAAUACCAAGCUGGAGAAGCUUGUAGACGUUUUAGAGAGGACCACUCUGGAUCUGGUUGGGGGUGCAGUAGAUGGUGGUACCUUCAGACAAACCAUGUCCAUCGAGCCAGGAGAGGACGACGGAGACUGCUUGCACAUCAGAAGAGGAUUUCAUCAUGUAAUUGAGGGAUUUCCUCACUGUGUUGUGACGGAUGGGGUCACUAAUUUCUUCUUGGCUCACACGGAUAAAGUCCGACAGGUCGGCUUUGACCCCCGCCUCAACAGGGUAGCUCACAUUGAGUUUUUCAUCGACGGCCUUGGAUCUCUCUAUAUUGGCUCCUGCGAUGACAUCACCAUCGAUCACCAACCCAAAGUCAAUCAACCACCGGGCAGUCAGACCUACAACGAGAACAUGUACAACAUGUUUCGAAACCCUAGUACCUUCUCUGACUCCCAAAAUAUAAAAUACGGCCUGAUGUACUUCAAAAACCGUUUGCAGUGCCAGACUCGUAAUUAGCGUUCACAUCUGCCCUGGUCUCUCUGAAGGUUUGUCUGUUCUUCCUGAAUCUGCAAAGAUGUUUUUCUCCACCCUGCACUGACAGAUAAAACUUGUGGCAGCUUGGUUUGUUCUGCUGUUAUCUGCCUUUGAGGCAGUUCUGUAAAAACCUCAAGAGAGGGUUGAUGGGAUUUAUUCUGGAAUGACGACAGAAAUCUGGUUUCACCUAAACCACAGGUGUCAAACUCCAGUCCUUAAGGGCCGGUGUCCUGGAGUUUUUAGAUGUGCCACAGGUACAAAACACUG